AUGGUGUAUGGAUUGGGAGAUAAUAGAAAAGGAUGUCUUGGAUUGGGUCACAACAAGUCCAUUGAUUCGCCACAAGUUAUCAAAGAAUUAUGUCAUCAAAACAUUCAGACAUUUAUUAUUGGAUAUGACUUUGUGUUGGCUAUGAAUAGUGUGAACCAUGUCUACGGUUGGGGUUACAAUAUAUACGGACAGUUGGGUAGACAUUGGACACCAUUUGGGGUUUAUUCAAAACCCGAGAGAAUAUCGUAUUUCGACGACAAAGAUGUCCAACAAAUCAGUUGUGGUUCCCAUCACUCACUGGCCCUCACAUCCAGUGGACAGGUGUAUGGGUGGGGAUGUAAUAGUUCGGGACAGAUUGGUUGUGGAGACAAACAAAAUGAUAGACUUGUGUUCAGUUGGGGUGACAAUAGUUGGUGUAAAUUGGGGCACAAUAUAGUGAACGAACAGAACGCAUACAUAUUAAGUCCUAAACUCAUACAUGAUAUGAAUGUUGGAAGUCAUAGGAUCGGGUGGUUUUGGGACAGUAUUGCGAGUGAAACACAAAUUUGGUGGACAGAUUUUGAUGAAAAAGAAGUGCAAAAUCUAAUGAAUGUUAGAUCAGAAUAUGUGGUCAGAUAUUACCACUCAUGGACUGAACCAGAUUUUGGUUACAUUCAGAUGGAGUUGUGUUCACAAAGUCUUCGGAAUAUACUUGAAGUCAAAGCACAAGUAUUUGAGAGACAAUCGGGAGAUCCCAUGAAUCCCUUCGAGUAUUUCAUUUCGUGUGAAAUAUUCCGUCAGAUCUUAGAAGCCGUCCAAUACUUGCAUGGAUUGAAUCCACAGAUGAUUCACAGAGACCUCAAACCCGAAAACAUAGUGAUUGCCUAUAAUGUAGAAAAAGACAGAUUUGUGAAGUUAUGUGACCUCGGAUUGGCUACAGUUCACGACAAACUCAUUCACAACAGGACUUCACAAAAACAUACCUCAGACAGAGGGACACAGAGAUAUAUGGCACCGGAACUCGCAAUCAUAUUCACCGGAUAAUAAAACUCUAAACUCAUCAGUGUCUCAGUUAUGUAAAUGGUUGUCCAAAAUGAUCUUGCCCAAUUGGACUACACGUCCGGAAUGCAGUGAAUUGUUGGCUAACUAUGACAAGUGGGC